UUUCUAUCAUAAAAUGACAGGAAAAAAAUUUUUAUUUAUUGGGCCAAUUGUACAGACAAUUAAAAAUAAAUCAGCUAAAGUUGAGUUACAAAUUAUUGAGGAUGCUGGGGUACUCGUACAAGAUGGGCAGAUACUUGAAGUUUUCAAAAAACCAGAAGUAUCAGACAUAGAAGCAGAUGUUGUUACAAAAUUAGACAAAGGACAAUUUUUAGUACCUGGAUUUAUUGACUGUCAUGUCCAUGCUGUUCAGUUACCGAACAUAGGACUCGGUUAUGAUAAAAGUUUACUUGACUGGUUAGAAGCUCAUACAUUUCCACUAGAAUUAAAGUACUCAGACAACGAGUUUGCUGAUAAAGUAUUUGACUUUGUUGUGAAACGUACGUUAUCAUUAGGAACAACAACAGCUUGUUACUUUGCUUCGCUUUACAAUGAAGCGUCUUUGAUUUUAGCCAAGAAAGCUGCUAAAUAUCAUCAACGUGCAUUUGUUGGUAAAUUAAAUAUGGACAGGGCACGUGAUGAUAAUUAUUACGAAAAUAAAUCGCUAUCUAUUGCUAAUACUAGAAAAUUUAUUGAAGACAUUUAUGCACUUAAAUGUUCAUUAGUCAGUCCAAUUAUAACUCCGAGAUUUGCAUUGAGUUGUACUAUGGAAUUACUUAAAGAACUUGGUAAAAUUGCUGAAGAAUAUAAUCUUCAUAUUCAGUCUCAUAUAUCAGAAAAUAUUGGAGAGAUCGCAGAAUGCAAAUUAUUGUUCCCUGAUUGCCCUACAUACACAGAAGUCUAUGAAAAAGCCAAAUUAUUAACAAGUAAAACUGUACUAGCACACGGAGUUUAUCUCGAAGACAGUGAAUUAAAAAUUUUAAAUAAUCGUAAGUCAGCAAUCAUUCAUUGCCCAUCAUCUAACACUAAUUUAAAAAGUGGGCUCUGUGAUAUCCAGAGAUUAAGAAGUAAUCAGAUAACUGUAGGACUCGGUACAGACGUAGCAGGUGGCAAUAAUUUAUGCAUACUUGAUGUAAUGAGAUCAGCACUCCAAGUAUCGAAUCAUAUUGGAUUUAUGAAAGAUAAAUCUUAUAAGUCGAUUAAUUACGUCGAUGUAUUUUAUUUGGCAACUUUAGGUGGUGCUGAAGCUUUGUCUAUAGAUGAUAAAGUCGGCAAUCUAGUAGCUGGUAAAAAAUUUGAUGCUCUAGUGAUUGAUUUAAAUGCUGAGGACUCACCGGUAGAUAAUUUAAAAAGUUUUAGCUUAGAAGACCAAUUGCAGAGAUUUAUUUACUCAGGAGACGAUCGUAAUAUCAUAAAUGUUUACGUUGAAGGACAUAAAGUUAAAUGAUUAUUUAAAUUUAUGUGAUUAAAUUAUUUUUAGAUAAAAAAUUUUUUAUACUACUGUUACAUUGAUCGUAAGCUUCAACGAAACCUUGGCAAUUAUUGUCCUGAAAUAAUAAUUUUGUAAUUUAGAGUUUGUUAAUUAGUGAUUAUAAUCAUUAACUUACCGCAAAAGGGUCACGAAUAAUUACGACUUUAUCAGGAUAAUAACUUCCUAAUAAUUCAAUUUUCGCUUUGCUAAUUUCCGGUUUUAUUUUCACAAGUUCUUUAAUAUUAAAUUCAUCCAUUCCAAAGAUCCAAUCAUACGAAUUAAAAUCCUCUUUCGUUAUCUAUUGAUUAUUAAUUUAAGUAUUUAUGAUCAUUACUACACAAAAAAAGGAUUUCUCGGUGCAAGAAAAAUUUUGUAUUAUGAAAUUAAAACAAAAAUUUUCUUAGGGAGAGAAAGAGUGAUUUUUGUUUCUUUUUUCAGAGUAUCUUCUUUAUUAAAAUUCUUAAAAUUUGUGACAUUAAUAAGCAUCAUUCCAAGAAUAUUCUGCUAAUUUUUCAUAAAAAAAUAUUGAAAAAUAAGCCAGUGGUAGUGGGGAGAGACGAGUCACGUAAAAAAAGUCUCUAUGCUCUAGGCAGGAUAACUCAUGACUGCCUCAUCUGAAAUAAAAAAACCAUAAAGAUUUCUUUAGUACAUGUUUAUCUUAGAUUUGAACGAAAUUUUUAAUUAAACAAAAGGAACAAUUUUUGGCAAAAAUCAGAGUUUUUUGAUUGCACUUUUACCCAAAAUUUGAAAAUGAAUAUUUUGUUUAUUCCUUCGUUCAAAUCCAAAAUAAACUUAUGUACUAAAGAAAUCUUUUUGGUUUUUUUGAUUUCAGAUGAGGCAGUCAUGAGUUAUCCUGCCUACGACAUGGAGACUUUUUUUGAGGUGACUUGUCUCUCCCCACUACCGCUGGCUCAUUUUUCAUGAAAAUUUAGCAGAAAAUUCUUGGAAUGAUGCUUAUUAUUGUCACAAAUUUUAAGAAUUUUAAUAUAGAAGAUACUCUGAAAAAAAGAUACUUUUUUUUUGUAUCUCAGACCCCUUUCCCCUUUAAGACUAGAAGAAGUUUCUUGACUCAAUAAAAUUUUUGUUUUCAAUUCAUAAUACAAAAAAUUUCUUAGGGUAAGUAAAAAUUUUUUACAACAAGAAAUUCUUUUUUUUUCUGUGUAUGAUUAUAAAUAUUACUAAUUAAUUUGUUUUAAUUAUAAGUAAUUAGAAUAGAGUAAAAAGGGGACGUUGAUUUAAGAUGAAUACUUAAAUACAUACGAGUUUAGCUUUAUGUGAAUAAUUUAUAAUUCCUUUUCCUCUGAGAGUUACUAGAGCACGUUCAUCUGGUGUUUGACCUAAAUGGUAAUCACGUAAUGCCGCACUGUCUACUUCCCAGUUAUUUAAAUUCAUUUUCGUUAUGUAAUCAUUAAAUAUAGCUUCUGCUAUUGGUGAUCUACAUGUAUUGCCUA